AAUUGAUUAGCUUCACAACUGAUAAACACAAAAACUUCUACCCAAAAAUGAAGAAAGUGUUCCUUAACAUUGUUCUAUUGUCUUUUCUUCUCGGUGUUGCCUUCCAUCUUGCAAAUGGAGGCGACGUGAAUCAUCAAGGGCAAUGUGAUUCAGACCUUGAGUGUUAUACCAUGCGUAGUUGUCAGAGAGGUCCAGGAUAUUGCGAUCAGAAAGACGGAAAGUGCAAGUGUCCUAAAUUACAAUAUGUGGAUACAAAUGGGGCGGACGUGAAUCAUCAAGGGCAAUGUGAUUCAGACCUUGAGUGUUAUACCAUGCGUAGUUGUCAGAGAGGUCCAGGAUAUUGCGAUCAGAAAGACGGAAAGUGCAAGUGUCCUAAAUUACAAUAUGUGGAUACAAAUGGGGCGGACGUGAAUCAUCAAGGACAAUGUGACUCAGAUCUUGAGUGUUACACCAUGCGUAGUUGUCAGAGAGGUCCAGGAUAUUGCGAUCAGAAAGACGGAAAGUGUAAGUGUCCUAAAUUACAAGCUGUGGAUACAAAUGGGGCGGACGUGAAUCAUCAAGGGCAAUGUGACUCAGACCUUGAAUGUUAUACCAUGCGUAGUUGUCAGAGAGGUCCAGGAUAUUGCGAUCAGAAAGACGGAAAGUGUAAGUGUCCUAACUAGAGAAACAAAUAAACAUGACUAGAACAUAUAUGAGUCUUAUGUACCCGACUUAAACAUGGGCAAAUAAAAUA